AUGGGGGAGCGGGGUGGCGCGGCGGCAGCGGGCCAGCGACCCGGCGGGGCGAACGCCCGUCGGGACGCGGCGCGCGCGGACACGGCGGUCAGCAUCGCGUUCAUCCAAUUCAAUUUCGAUCAUGCCAGACUGGCCUCGCAACACUUGGGCGACCGCAUGUCGGAGACGGGCGUCUCGCUGGCGGCCGUAUCCGACCCGUACAGGCCCGGAGGCAAGCUACCACGUAUGCCGCCGGAGUUCAACGUGUACGCCAUCGACCGGGAUCCGGCAGCAGUGGUGGUUACGCGAGGGCCGCCAUACGACGUCUCUCCCCUGUUACUCUCCAAACUGGUCGUCGCCGUGUACUGUGAGGCACGCGAUUUUCAGUUCGUGUUUUUCUCUGCGUACGCGCCGCCCCACCGACCGAUGGACGAAACCUUUCGCGGCAUCGAAGAGGCUAUCGCGAAGGCCCGCACGCCUAACAUCGUCGUCGCGGGAGACUUCAACGCGAAGCACCCGGCGUGGGGUCCCUGUGCGGGGGAUGAACGCGGCGCCCGCCUUAUCGAGUUUGCCGGGGCGAACCGCCUCGUCGUCCUUAACGAUCCCCAGUCGCCACCGACGUACGAGACGCGCUACGCGGCCAGCUGGUUCGAUGUCACGCUGGCGGCGCCGGCCCUCGUCGCGGCUGGGUUCGAUUGGACCGUUCGCGAGGACAUCACGUUCUCAGAACAUAAGAACGUUGCGGUUCGCAUCGGCGCUGUUCGCGACAACCGUCCUCGCCGUCUCACCCGCUAUGCGCUGGAGGAAUCGUUGACCGCCCUCGCAAGCGAGCCGUGGUUCGCGCGGGUUUCGGGGGCUAGCCUACAAUCACCGGGCGCCCUCGACGAGAUACUUGCGGGGUUCCAACGGCUCUUUGACCGGUAUUACCGUGCAAACCUCCGCCCUGUCAAGGGCCCGGGGAGGCCUUGGUGGACCCCGGCGCUGGCGCGGGAAAGACGCGCCGUGAACGCGUUGCGGCGCAGAUACCAGCGCUGCGCGGCGGACGAAUUGCGGGCGCAAUUCCGCGCGGCGUACAGCAAGGCCCUCGCAGUUUUUCGCUGCCACGUUCGCGCGGCCAAGACCCGCACCUCCGCGGGUGGUAUACUAGCUGUACGCGGCGCUCCAUCUUUUCCGCCGCGUAUCGGGGAGCGUUCGGCAGGGUGCGCCCGCGACAGUGUUUGCCGCCGCUCGAGCUGCCCGACGGUACCCGCACGACUACACACCUAG